UGUAUGUAAACAUGGCGAAACUGGCAAAUUUUGUCUUUGAAAAAAUAUCUGAGAAAUUGAAUUACAGCUAAUAUACUGAAGCGUUUGGAUCAUAUAAGCUUUCAAGAAGUGACAGAUGUUUUAGCAAAAAGUAUAGAAGAGACACAUCAAAAUGCCUGGGUCUACAAAGAAAGAUUUGUACAUUGCAAAAAGCAUAGGGCAGCUGAAUGAGAUGGCAGAGCUUCCGGCCAAGUUUAAAACUACCCAUGCAAAACUUUUAGUAAAGACAGCAGAUAAGAUGUUGAAGGAGGCUCAGCACAGUGAAAUGAUAGAAGAUGAGGAACGAGCCUACGUCUUGUUCAUGAAAUAUUUCAAUGUCGUCACUUUUCUAAAGAAAACCGCAGAUUACAAGAAGCAGAAAGCAUACUAUGAUGACUUGCUUGGAACCAAAAAUCUUCUCACCUCCAUAGACAAGGCUGAAGUGCUGUCAGGCAGUCUAAAAGAGAGAUAUGACCAGUUAGAGGCAGAGCAUGUAGCUAGUAAACUAUCCUCCCUGGAUACAGUGGAAAAGAAGGUGGAAGAUAAGGUUGAAGUAGAUGCUAAACAUAGUGAUAAACAACCUCAGAUCAAAACAGAUGAUAAAGAGCCCAAGCCUGAAGAACCAGUCAAGAAGACCAGUCCAGGUGUUAUUUCAUGCAGUACAUUGUUUGACCUGUUUGAAGACAGAGAUGCUCAAGUUAUUAUCAUGGAUGUAAGGCCAAUGGAGGAGUUUCAAGAAACUAGAAUAAACCACAAAAAUAUCAUCAACGUCCCUGCUGAGGCUAUAAAGCCAGGAACAACUGUAACAUACAUAGAGAAAGCAUUACCAAUGGACUCCUUGUCGCUAUGGAAACAGCGAGGUAACAUUGAUCAUAUUAUCCUUCUAGACUGGAACUCGAGCAUAGACAAGGUGAAAAUAGGCACCAGUCUACAGACUCUGAAGGAUGCGUUAUAUAAGUAUGACUCCACAGUGAUAAUCAAAAGCGAGCCACUGAUUCUGGACGGUGGCUACGAGCAGUGGAUGCUUCAGUACCCAACAAAAUGUGUGAACCCUGUGUUUGAUAAACUGAAAAAACCUGUGGUUAGUUCAACCCAGGAUUCUCUCAUGGAUUUCGAUUACCCUGAUUUUGAUGAAACUUUUAUGGAACCUAAACCAGCCAAGACCAGCUCAAUAGAAUCAUCUAACUCAUCAUCUUCAUUGAGCAGUGCAAGUUCAGUGAUGAAUGGUGAUAUUUCUGGCAAUUUGCCAAGAAUUGAUAGAUCUACUAAACCUAAAAUAGACAGGUCUACAAAAUCAAAUGUAACAACUACACAAGUGAAUGCUAACAAGUCAUUUUCUAGUUCAUUGUAUCCAGAUGUCAGGGCUGUGAGUAAGCCAGGAAACAGUUUAUAUAGUGAAACAAAUGAGGCUGGUUCCAAAAGUAUUGACUCAAGUUUUAGAAAUACAGAUUCCAGGGCUGAAUCAGUCACAGCUGGUGGUUCUAGGGCCACUUCCCAGGAUAUCAAAAACAGUUCAACUUUAGCAGCGCAGUCUACUGAGAUUUCAGAUGAAUUGAAAGCUCUGGAACAACAGAAAAAACAGAAAAUGGAGGAGAUAAGAAAGCUUCAGGAGAAUUAUGAAAAGAUUGAAGCGGAAUCACGAGCUAGAAUGGAACAGAUGGCUUCGGAAGAGAAGAAACUGUCGGAUCUUGAAGAAUUGAAGAGAAAACAGCAGACAGAUGUCGCUGACUUAAUGAGGAUGAAGAAGAAUCUGCAUAGUAACAUGGCAGAGGAAAAACAGCAUGUUCAACAACAACAACAACAGAAAGAACAGGAAGAAAGUAACAGGAGAGAAGAGCUAGAGCAGUUGACAAGAGCUGAAGAAGAAAAGAGAAGACGACAAGAGGAAGUGAACCGAUUGAGGAUGGAUAGAAAGAAGAAGGAAGAAGACAGAUUACAAAAUGAAAGAAAAAUGAGAGAAGAAAAAGAAUUACAGGAUGCCAGGGAGAGAGCAAGACAGGAAGAGGAACAACGUAAGAAAGAUGUCACCGCAGCAGAGGAACGAGCCCGUCAAGUGAAGGCAGAAGAGGACAGAAAGGCAGCAGAAAAAUCCCAAAUUGAAGAACGACUUCAGAUGGAAAGAGAACUUGCAGCUAAAAUGGAAAAAGAAAGGCUGGCAGCACUGGAAGAAAAACGUAAACAGCAGGCUGAACUAGAUAGACUUGAAGCGGAAAGGAGAGAAAAACUGAGACUGGAGAAAGAAAGAGCAGAAAAGGAAAGACUGGAUAGAGAGAAGAGAGAAAGGGACGAAGAAGAUAGAAAGAGAGCUGAGGAAGCAAAGAGAGUUGCUGAUGAAAAGCUGCGGUUGAUGAACGAGGCCAAAUCCAAAGCCAAGCUUAUACCGUCACCAAAUCUUCAGAAAGGUUGGGAAAAACAGCUGGAUCCAAGCACUAACAGAUAUUUCUAUAUAAACCAUCAUGAUGGGACAACACAAUGGGAGCCACCUAAUCUACCAGGUGAAGGUAAGGGAGGGACAUAUGUAACAAGACUAAAAGACGAGCCUUCCACACUGAAGUCAGGCCUUAAAAGGUCAAAUUCUUCACCAAACAUUGCAAAGAUGAUGGAAGAUGAAUCAAAACUUCCACAGAGAAAAGCGCCACCUUCUGUUGACAGGGGAAAUAAGCCAGUUAAGAGACAGAUGCCUGUUGCUCUGCCAGCUAAGAGAAGAGAUUUGAACCCAGUCUAUGGAAAUGUGGGUUGUGCGUUGACAGGUUUACGUAACCUUGGUAACACAUGCUACAUGAACAGCACUAUCCAGUGUCUGAACAAUACAUCACCUCUAGUAACAUACCUUCUCACAGACUUGUACCUUUACGAUAUUAAUAGGGGAGAGAAGGCAGGCAACUUAUGGGAAGUAACAGAUGAUUUUGCUUACCUAGUUAAGUCCCUUUGGUCAGGACAGUACAGAUUUAUAACUCCAAGGGACUUUAAGUCUGUUGUUGGAAGACAGCAGCCUAUGUUUGCUGGGUACGAACAACAGGACAGUCAGGAAUUCUUAACAUUUCUUCUAGACAGUUUACACGAGGGACUUAACAAGGUGAAGACGCGUCCAAAGAUUGCUGAGCAGGAUAAUGAUAAGUUACCGGAUCACAUUGGAGCCGAACUAGCGUGGAAGAAUCACAAACUUCAUAAUGAAUCUAUAAUAGUGGAGCUGUUUCAGGGCCAACUGAAGUCGACCAUUAUGUGCCUAACAUGUCGGAAGCGGAGUGUUACAUUCCAGGCGUUCAUGUUUCUUUCGCUUCCAAUCCCGUCAUCCAACAGAUGUACACUACAGGACUGCUUACGGCAGUUUGCGGCGGAGGAAAAAAUGACAGGAAGUUCGCGGUGGAAAUGUCCUCAGUGUAAAUGUUACCGUGACUCUGUCAAGAACAUUGUCAUUUGGAAGUUGCCGCAUAUAUUAUUGAUAGCAUUGAACAGAUUUGUGUAUGAAGGACAAUGGAGAACUAAAAUAAAUGCCCAUGUAGAUUUUCCUGUAAGAGGUCUAGACAUGACCACUUUUGUGAAGGGCCCACAGCCAAAACCAUAUAAACUAUAUGCAGUGUCUAAUCAUUUUGGGACACUGGAUGGAGGCCAUUAUACAGCAUGUUGUAGAAAUCCCAACACACAGAAAUGGUACAAAUUUGAUGACCAUGAAGUGUAUGAUACAUCCGAAUCUAGUGUUAAGACGUCAGCGGCAUAUGUGCUGUAUUACACAUCUAUAGAUCUACUACCACCUGACUUCAAACCAAGCUUCACCUGAUACUGAUCAUUUCCUGCUAACUUUGAACAAGCAUCAGAUGAUACUGAUCAAUUUCUUCAUCUUUGACCAAGCUUUAAUUUAUACACAAACAAACCAGAUGGGCAGGCCUUAUUUGGACAAGCUUUAAGAUGACACUGAUCAAUGUCUUCUUCUUAAGACAAGCUUUGCUUGAUACUGAUCAGUUUUUUCAAUUAUAAACUUUCAGUUGGGCGUACUUCUUCAACUUAAGUUGGCACAGAUCAGUUCUUUUCAUCUUAAAACAAACUUCAAAUGAUACUGAUCAGUUUAGAGCGGAUGCAAUGGUCUGGUGGUAACACUAUCUGACUACAAAACCAGUGUUUGUGAGUAGAAGUUGAACUAGUUGGAGCCCCAGUUCCUCAAACUAAAAAUGACUAACAUUGGGAUAAGAGUCCCUGUGUAUUGGUGCUUAACACCUGCCGUGUAAAGAACCAGGGAAGCUUCUAGAAUUGAAGCAUCACAUUACUGUAUCCUCGUUCUAAAAUUACUACUGGAGGCAUUGCCAAUCAAUAGGAUUUUAAAUCUUAGGAAAAGUUGCAGUUGUUACCGAGCAAUGGCUUCAAAUUUAAGACUUGCUUUAUUUUGUAACAGAUCAUUUUCUUUAAGUUGUUCCAAUAGGUUAUCAUUACUGUAUCAGUGAGUUUUUGAGUAGAAGUUAUUGUAAAAUGAAGAUAUACCACUCACUAUCAGUGAAAUAAUUUGUGCUGGUCACACUUUGAAAGAUUAUAUAUUGUGUACUAUUGAUAGGUAGUAUAUACACAUGCUAUCUUUUUUUUUAUUGUCUCAUUGUGCAGAAUGUGUUUAAAAGAUGAGCUUUUGUGAUCACUCACCGUCCAUUGGUUUUUUCAUCAUUCAACAUUUUCUUCAAACAACAUUUUUGAAAUAAUUGGUUGGAAGUUGCUGAAACUUCAGAUUGGAUGUUCCACUAGUGUUCUUCUUUCAAAAUUUUUCCAACCAUUCUACUAAGCCUGUUCAGAUUAUUUUGGUUUGUCAGAACACAUGGACACCAAGGGGCAUGGUCUCUUUCCCUAUAUUUGUUAUGUACAUAGUCGAAAAUUUAAAUAUCUUCUUGUAAGAACCUAUUUGCCCAAUGUUUAAAAUAAUUUCUGCAAAUGAUCUUUUGGCGACACUCUAUACAGAUUGUUCAAAUUACUAUGAUUCAUCAGAACCAUGGCUGACAUGGGGUCCCUUUUCUCUAUAAUUAUGUAUAUAGUGAUAAAUAUUAAAAAUUUCGUCAGAAACAAGUAAUUUCACAGGAAUUUUUUUUUUUUUUGGCUUGUUAAGAUUCUUCUGAACUGUCAAACACAUGACCACUAGCGGCAUUUUGAAAUAUAACAAUUUCACAGAAAUGUCCCUUGGGUGAACAUCUUGAGAUCUGCCAAAAUAUUUAAAAUAUCUGAUGUCAAGAAAAAAACAUGGCUUCCUGGGCUCAAAAUAUAAAACGUCUUCAAAUGCCAUCUCCUGAACCACUGGUGUGAUUUCGAAAAUAACUUCAAAAUUUCCAUUCAUAAACCUCUGGAAUCAUAAAAGCCAUCUGGAUUCUUAAAAGAAUGUUGCUGCCUGGGGUGGGUCUAGUUUUCCUUAUACUGCACAUUUGAAAACUUUGAAAAUCCUCAUUUCAUCUGCAGGCCGGUUUUUCAAAGUUAUUUAGCAGAAAUAUUUGAUGUUUGAGCUGUGAAACUGGUGAGCAAUACAGUCACCAUGGCCCGAUUGUUGUUCAGUUGUUAUUUUAAUAUUUUGUGUGUGCUUGAUUUUCAUUUUAUCAGAGGCAUAUUAAAAUUUUGUUUUAUUUAUAAACUAUAAAGUGUUUUCUGUAGGACCAGUUUCUUACUACCUACUACUAUAGUGUGGGUUUGGUUAUAGCGAUGCUUGUAUCUUUUUUUUUUAAAAAAAGAGUGAGUGAGUUGGGUUUUAUGGCAAAUCCACACAAAAUGGUCAUAUAUCGCUAAAAAAAAGAGCAACACAUGAAUUCAAAAAGUGUAAUCUUGGAACUCUUAUCCAUCUAGAAGGUGUGACUAACUUGGAGGGUGGGUCUAGCUUAGAGGUGGGGCCAGCUAGGAAGUUUGACAACUAGGAGAAGGAUCCAACUAGGAGGUGGGUCCAAUUAGGAGGUGGGAAAUGUUGAAUAAAAAAAAAAUUGCAAACAUGUGACUGAUGUCUCUGAAAUUAUGGUUUAAAAUAUGUGAAAAUAACCAGAUCUACGACAUUUUAUUUAACAAAUAACCAUGCGCUUUGAGUGGUUUGUCGUCUUAUUUAUUAUGUUUUAAAGUUUAAAGGCACAGGAAUUAAAUUAAGAGGGCGUAGGCUCGAGUGAUUCAAUAUGUCAGCAUCUGAACGAUUAAUCGUGGUAAAUUGGAAGACAAACCACAAGACCUCAAUUGUUUUCAUUCUAACAUGUUCAUUGAAAUAUUGAGAUAAACAUGCUGGGCUUCAUUUAUUCAGGUAAUAAUGAACUUGACAUUAACAUCAUAAUGUUCCGUUACUGGUCCACGUGUCAACUAUUGAGUUGAACUAUUAUGUUUAACUGGCAAUCUGUUCAGGAAAUGUUAGAAUUAGGUAUAUAUGAUGCACACUGCUUUUUUUUUUUGGUAAGUGUACACUCAUCACUCUAAAUCUAAUCUGAUAUGGAAACUGAGAAAGAUUGGUUUUUAAAUGUGCAAGUGAGAAAAACUGGUUUUUAAAUGUGCAAUCAUUCUUAUAUUGUGUAAAUGUUGUUUUGUUUGUUUUAUUUAUAAUAUGUUUGUUACUCAACUGUUAUUAUUUUCUGUGAAAUAUUCAUCCAAGAUUAAAAUCUCUAUAAAGACUA